UCUCUCUCUCUCUCUCUCUCUCUCUCUCUCUCUCUCUCUCUCUAAACUCUUCGUUAAUGGCGCGGGGGCGCACGAGGCGGCGAGGACGAGCACAAUCCCUUUUACCCUCAAGCGCGAUUCACCACCACGUCAAUUCCAUUUCAUGUUGGUAUUGCGACUUCAAAAUUUACGCCUUGAACAACUCUCUGUUCUAUGUCGGAUAUCGAUAUGCACGCUAUCUAAAAGUGUGGUUUUCUCUCGGGGUCUUCUUUGUUCUUGCUGCCUUAAUUGGAGUUUCAAUGAUGCUACUUUGGGAUUUGGCUGGUGCUUUUCAUUUCCACGGUGUAUCAUUUGGGCUUGAAAACAUUUUGGCUUCUGGCCUAAGCAUAUCAGUUACGGAUGCUGCCGUUGUGAUAGUUUCAACAUUUAUCUCUGUCGCUUUUCAUGAAUUUGGGCACGCUGUUGCUUCUGCAAGUGAAGGCCUGCAAAUUGAGUACAUUGCCAUAUUCCUAGCCAUCCUGUUUCCUGGUGCGUUGAUUGCUUUGAACUAUGAUCAGCUACAAACUUUACCUCCUUUUGCUGCCCUGCGGAUUUAUUGUGCUGGUGUUUGGCAUAAUGCUGUGUUUUGUGCAGUUUGCGCACUGGCAUUGUUCUUACUUCCUCUUGUCUUAUCUCCUCUCUAUACGCACGGGGAAGGCCCUAUAGUUUUGGGGAUCCCACAUACCUCUCCUUUGUCUGGAUACUUGUCACUCCACGAUGUUAUUGUUUCAGUGGAUGGGACAAACAUCACAAAUCCUGAUGAUUGGAUGAAAAUGAUGGCUAAAGCUAAUUCACAAAUAAUUCUUGGAUCUCCUCCCCUUGAAAACUCCCAAAGCUAUAAGGCCAUUAAGGAAGAAAAAGGGUAUUGUGUCCCUAACUCAUGGAUAGAGGCAAGCAAGAUUAUUCAGGAAGUAAAUGACAACUUCUCAUGUCCCGAUGAUUUCGUGCCAUUUGUGCAGAACUCCUGCAUUAAUUCGAGCCUUUCAGAUGGAAGCAAUUUAAGAGAGGAAACCGAACAUAAACAUUGUUUGAUUGCUAAAGAUGUAAUCAAGCUUAAAAAAUGUGGGAAUGGAUGGCAAAUUAUUGGAACUGAUGGAAACAGCUGUAUAUGUUCAGAGCAAGAAUCAUGCAUGACACCGGUUCAGAUCCCUGGCAUGACAUGGGUCGAGGUCUCUUAUAAAAGCCCGUAUUCUCCCAACUGCUUGCAGCUUACAAGAAAUCUAUCGUCAAAAGAUUCUGUGAAUCUGAAUCUCGAAUCAAAUCCUUGUGACGGGACCUUUGUUUUUAUCGGUGAUGUGGUCUCUGUGGCACGUUCUAUUCAGUUAUCAUCAUAUCAGCCUCGAUGGGCGUGGAUUAUUUGGAGUAUACAUAUUCCACAUAUCUUGGAGAAGGUUUUAGUUUGUAUGCUGCACAUGUCCGCAGCUUUGGGUUUAAUAAAUUGUUUGCCGGUAUAUUUCCUGGACGGCGAGUCAAUCUUAGAGACUAGCAUUUGCUACAUCACUUGGCUUACUCGAAGGCAGCGGCAUAAAGUCCUCUCAAUUUGCCUGUUUGGUGGAACUGUCCUAUCAAUCAUUACCUUCGCUAAGAUGCUUUAUUCAUUGAUAGUUUUACAAUAACCAGCACAACCAGUCACUUUUCACGACUUGUUUAUUUAUAUGAUUAUGAAGCUUGAAGGACACGGGCCUUAUAGCAGAAAUUUUUAUACACAUUUUCUCUGGAAACAUUACAAUGACAUCAGUUCUUCAGCCGUAUAAUAUCUGAGCAGCGGUUGAGUUUAUUCCAGUCACUGAACCAUUUUUGCCAUUUAACUCUCUCUGAACAUCGGGGAAUAUACAGCAAAGCACCAAGAAUGAGAAAGCUGAUGACAAGAAAUUCGCUAUCACACGGCUCCUGCGGAAUAAAAUAUGCAGGGAAACAGCACUGUAUUGAUCUUCUAAGUAUAGCGUGUUGUGUUUUUCUUGCUCUUCUUUUUCUAUGGCUGUUAGAAUCCAAGUUGAAAAGUUUGUACGAAACUUUCUGAUAAAUGUAGCAACUGAUUACACCCUGACUAUGCUAGUUGAAAACUGUACUAGAGAGCCUUCGUGUAAAAGUUAAAUCAGGUAUCAGUUCCUUAGCAGUUGAGAAAGGAUUGAUAUGGCAUCUGCCAGUGGUAUGGCUCCUUAUGUUUUCCUUUUACACUGUAUAAACUGAUAUUUACUAUAAUUUUACUAUAAUUAGGGUAGAGCGUAACGUUAUAUG